AUGGCGAAUAUGUUUCAUGCAGUGUUAGUGCUACUAUCAUUUCAGUAUGUGUAUGCAAGGGACUGCGAUCCUGAUGCCAUCGCGUACAUCAGGAAUUGUGACGAAUGCAUCAGAUGCGGAUACAAGUGGUGCGAACAGCCGCAACCUUUUGAACAAAGAUGUUUCAAAGACGGAGAUAAAAGAUGUCCAGGUCAUACAGCUGAGCUAACGUACAAGCCUCUUAAGACGGUUUCCACAUCUAAAGUGAUAGAUCCCACCAACUGGAUCCAGUAUAUCGCUGUGGGAAGUGGGCUCGCCCUGCCAAUGAAGCUGAAGUUUGCGCCCACAAUAAACCAUGAGAUCAACAUCCACAUAACAAAUAGUUCAGUCUCGGAAGAGUUGUAUUCCAAUUUCGAGCUCACGUCAGAGUCUAUUCAUUGCGACAUUGACUGGUGUUACUUAUCCAUCGGAGCCCUACCCACACAAGAAUUCUGUCCUGCAUCAGGAAGCGAAGACGAAUUCAUAACAUUCAAUAUAAGCAUUGGUGAAAAAGGACCAAUGACCGUGGCCGAAUACCACGUGCCUUGUGCAUGCGCUUGUAGCAAAAACGUCGACAAGAAUUCUUCAAAAUGCAAUAACCAUGGUGACUUCUCAUGCGGUAGCUGCGCCUGUCAUGAUGGAUGGAAAGGCGAGAAUUGUAGUCGACAAGAGAUUCCGGAAACAAUGGGAUACCAGAAGAUGUCCGAGACAUUACAGAUUGCUGAGAGACCGGUGGUGAAGACGUGUGACCGUGGAGACAUACCCGCUUGUACUCCUGUCCAUUCAAACGAAGAGUGUUCAAACAACGGUUUCUGCGACUGCAGUGACACAAACAACCCAAGAUGUCACUGUGACACCAGCAAAGAAGGGUACUAUUACUUCGAUGCGUAUUGCACUGACAUCUGCACUACUACAAAUUUCCACGACUCCUGUUUGAUGACCAAUGACAUUGGUCCAUGCAAAGACUACAGCCAAAUAUAUACAGAAGUGAAGAAUAAGACUUUACUCACAGAAACUGAUGUAUUGGGAAGAAAGAUAUGGAUCGAAUGUUCGCUAAAUAAUGAUGGAUGUGUCAUUCAAUAUGCCGCAAUGAAAGAAGAUCACGAAAUCCGUGUGAUGAUCUUGGAUCAUUGUGGCACUAAUCAGGACGCUGUUGUUGGUGGCAAAGUUAAUGUAACACUACCUGUGGUCCUAGGCGUGAUAGCCCUAGUAGCCACGGCAGCAGCAGUAGCAGGCUACAUGAUGUGGAAGCAGCGCACUCCCCCUCUUCCCGGGUCAGACCCUCAGUACACAAACAUCGAAGCCCAGGACUCCACCGGAGUCAACCCUCUUUAUAUACCACCUACUUCAUCAUUCAAGAACCCAACUUAUGGAAAAUGGUAGUUGAGGUGUUACCUGGUGGCUGAUUCAUCCGCCAUGGGGCUAACAAGUACCGGAAUCGAAGACAGUUAUAAAUUUUUUCCUCGUAAGGUUUGUAACUUUCUGCGGGGGACUAAUUCUUGAAUUCAUAGUUACCAGUAGCAGAUAAAACUAUGUACUAAAUUGGUUUGAUAUAUAAAAGCCAAAAAUACUUGUUCAACGUCUAUACAAAACACAGUAGACCGAUGAUCAGCUGUUAUAACUGUUCUUUAUUUGUAAAAUAAUAAGUAGGACAAUAUGCCUUCUGUCUAAUAAAAGAUAUAGUAGUUCAAGUAGAUUCGAUUCAAGAAUAUGUUGUCCGGUGUGCCACAUUAGCUAUUUCACACUGCCUAUGAGCAGCAGUAUCAUGAGUGUAAAUUGCACUCGUCCGGUACUCGCGUCGCAAAUUAGACUUAUCUAUAUACAUAGUAUGAAGUGUGCUAGCGUUUAUAGACUACCCUGAGAAUUGUAAUCGCUAAAAAUUAUAUUACAAUGAUUAAAUUGUUAUGUUAUUAAAUCUUCUUUAGAACUUUGGUAAAGAACGUAAGGUGCAAAAUUGAACAGGACAUUUUGAUUUGAUUGAAUUUAAUGUUGCUUACGUCAUCAUUGUUUACUUACUAUACAAAUGACUGUGUGCGUUGCCUUACGUAUCUUGAGAGUAUAAAUGGUUCAAAAAAGAAGCAAUAUCUGAUACUGUAUUACGAAUCUUCGUUGUGAAUUUCGAAAACCGAAUCUCAUAAGUUCAUGACUAAUAGCGAUCAGUUCUCAACGAAGUAAUGCCUCUGUGAUAUUAAAGACGAUUAAGUUUAGUUCGAAUGAGUCAUUGAGUCGUAAUCAAACAGCUAGUUCGAUUACUAAUCUAUAAUAAAUAUGGUUACGUAUUGACUCUUGAACUCAUUAUGUAUACAGGGUUUCAAAAGAAUUCAUAAAACUUAAGGAGCUCAUUCAAAUCAAUACAAUACAUGUAUGUUAAGUUUAUUGCAUACAGAAACAAAACAUACAAACAAUCAAAAGGUAAAAGAUGUUUAGUUUUAUGAAUUUGAACAAAUGAUUUAACGAGAGGUUGUUCAAAUCUUAUACAUUAAGAAGAAUGAGGCCCUCAAGUUUUUAUUUGACCCUUUUUGUACAGCUUGUAUAGGAUAUUUUUCAAUAUUAAAAGAAAAACACAUUGUUAUUAUGUAGAAUAAAGUAAGUACUACCGCAUUUUUCUUAGUGACUAUAAAUGGUAUACUGUAUAAUAUACCUCUUCAACGUAUCUUAAGUUAUUGUUACUUGAUUAUAAAGACCAUUAACUAAUAAAGAAAAAUACAGCAAGUCUGUUCACUUUUAUGUAUUUCAAUUUAUGAACAUACAAAUGCUCAAAUGGUUCUUUGUAAGGUUGAAUAUGAAAGAGAUUUUUGUAAUUACUUCCUUUUAGAAACAAUAAGCAUUUAUGUUAAUAUUUUUAUAGAUAAUUUAGUAAAUAUAUCUCUUAGCUAAGCCCUGAAAUGUGUAACUAAGUUUACGGGCCGAAGUUGUUACUUGUACGAAGUUGUCAUCUCUAUAAAAAUCUACAACAGUAGAAUCUACUGUUGUAUAUUUUUAUAGAGACAAUGUUAGUGGGUGUACAAAAACUGCCAAUGAUAAAACGUGAAGUUGAUAGCAGAGCGAUUACGAGAGAAAGGCGAGAAAGUGGGUUGUUAUAGUGAAUUUUAUUCAUGUGUGGGUGAUUUAGCCCGUGGGCAGUAGAAUCCCGAGACAUCUGUACAGUUUACAUCCAUUAUGAAAGUUGAUGCUUUUGUGAGACGUAGAUUUAUUAUGGCAUGUUUAACCUCCUAAGACCCAGCAAAUUACAAUGGCAAAAGCGCUAAACGCCCAAUGUAUAUUAAUACGUCAACAAAAAGCUUUUUUAUAUACUUUUUGUAUGUAUGUUUCAAAGUUUUCAAUAUGGAACUUAUUCAUAAAGAAGGAUAUAUUUAAGUUAAAAAGCAAAAAAUGAUAUUUUGUCUUGCAACAACUUACGUGGGAGAUAUCGAUAGUAUACUAAAUAUGUAUGCCCAAACAUUUUUUUUAUGAUAAGUAAUGGGACGAACAAGUCGUACGCGUGGUUUAAGCUACUCGCCUUUCCAUAACAGUUGCA